AUGUCCAACAGGUCUCUCUCCGCACGCAAGAUGCCGGCCAACCCUUGGAAGGCAGGCAAGAACUUUAUGGUCGAGGUGAACAAACUCAACAACGACGGCAACCAGGUCUACCUGUCGAUGGGUAAAUACAUGAAGGAGAAGCGGCACAUGGAAGACGGCUGGUUCAUCAACUCCGAUGGCGCCCACAUCACGCAGUCCCUGUACUAUGCUGAUCCUGCCACUCCGUCGGGCAAGGGGCAGUUCAAGGGCAUGAAGCAGCUGCUUCGGGAGCGCGGGAUCAACGUGGAGGGGAAGCUUGCCGAGUGCAAGAACUUCAAGUGCGCAGAGGGCGCGACAAUGUGCUGCUGCCGCCGCUUGCUGUACUUGCAGCCGGAUUUCACGUCGGUGAAGUCCCUUCUCGAAAUCACGUGUGAGGCGCAGGGAGUCGAGGUCUUAUUCCCCCCUAAGUUCCACUGUGAGCUCAAUCCUAUCGAGAUGUGCUGGGGUUAUGCAAAGGGGGUGUACCAGCUCAAUCCCGAGUCCUCGCGGGAGGACGCACUUGGGAAGAAUGCACUCGCGGCAUUGGAUGCCGUACCUCUCGAGAGCAUCCGCAGAUACACCAUGCGCACUUGCCGCUUCGCCAGCGCUUAUGCCGUUUUCGGGCUGAAUGGGAAGCAGGCUGCUUGGGCAGCCAAAAAGUACCGGGGACAUCGCUCUCUAUCUACCUACACACUAUUUUGGAACUUCUGGGACUACUGA